AUGCUACAUACCACUUUAACUUCGUACUUAAUAAUUCGUCGCUCUUGCCACAUUGUGACAGUUAUCUUCUAUAAUAAAGCUUGUCAAAUGUACUCGUCGUGUCAUGCUGAGUUCGCUUCACGAAUGAUUCAGACGUUUAGCGGAGAUUACGUCAUCUGCAGACAGCCUGGGAAUUCUAAGACUUCGCACACAGUCAUAAUCCUUAUUAAAAGAGAGCACGAGGAAGUCUGA